AUAGAGAACGUAGGUUGAAUCGUCGGAGGCCCAGAUCCACCACCCAACCUGAACGGUUGAACCAUUCUCUCCACCACGUACCACCGUCCUCCUCCUCCACCAUUUUCCAUCGAUCAUCCAAAGAAAUCUGAAAUUGACGAAACAAAACGAAAUAUGAAUGUCGGAGGGGACAAUGAUCUCAAAUCCUCCGGCAUAUCGGAAUGGACCAACACCCUAUCGCGACGAUACCAAUAUAUCCUCGAUAAGUCGACUCCACUCGUUUUCCACCGGUGGAUCGGUUUCACCGUCGUCUUCUUCAUCUACGCCCUCCGUGUUUACUUUGUCCAAGGCUACUACAUCAUCACCUACGCCCUUGGGAUUUACAUCCUACAGCUCUUCCUCGCUUUCCUUUCCCCUCAGGUCGAUCCCGAACUCGAAGAAAUCUCCGACGGCCCUUCCCUACCUACCCAUGGAUCAGAAGAAUUCCGUCCCUUUGUUCGCCGUCUUCCUGAAUUUAAGUUCUGGUAUUCAAUCACCAAAGCUUUCUGCAUUGCUUUUGUGCUCACAUUCUUCGGUAUGUUCGAUGUGCCUGUAUUUUGGCCAAUUUUAUUAUUCUAUUGGAUGGUGCUAUUUAUUGCAACGAUGAAGAGACAAAUAAUGCACAUGAUCAAGUAUCGAUACAUUCCGUUCUCUUUUGGCAAGCAGCGUUACACAGGAAAGAAAGCAGCGGUUGAUGGAACCUCUAGCAGCAGACCUUGAUGCUUCAGUGAGUUAUCUUUGAAUAUUGAAUGGCAAAAAUACGUGCAUACGGUUAGAACUACCCGAUUUUCAGAAUGGUUAAGUUCCUGCAAAAGGGUUGCUCCAGGUAUGUAGGAGCAAAUUACUUCUUUGGUCCAUUCAUUAAAACGUUCAUAUUUUUUCAUGGAAAGUUCCCCUAAGGAUCUUCUUUUGAGGUAUCGGGGGUUAUGGACAAGCUGAGAUUCCCCAAUUUUAUUCACUCACCGGAUCUCGUAGAUGAUGGGGAGAAAGUGAUUUGGUUGAAAUGGACCGCUUAAUCGCGAGAUGAACUGAGAAUUUUGAUGUUAAUUCCCAUUAUAGUUUAGGCAGACUGAUGAUCUAUGCUCGUGUUUACAAACACUUGAUAUUUGAAGUGUAGUAUUGUUUGGCAAACUAGCGUAUAAGCGAGCUACGUUUCAUAAAAAUUAGGUGAUAAGUUAGAUAGAUGACAAGAAAUGAAAAGAGUCCAAACGGAGUGAAAUGAAAGCGAGUGUAAUUGAAUAAUAAAUAAAUAGGUUAUUCGAAUAUUUUGAGUUAA